AAAAAAUCGCUUCGGACAACCAAAUGACUCGAGCGAGUUCAAACUUGUACUGAAGGCGGAUCACAUGUUCUGCUGUCUCCCCUCCAAGCUCCAGUGUUGCUAGUUCGAACGCUACGUUGCCAGUCUCAUCACUUAAUCUACAGACCUCGUACCUUCUAUUUGUUGCUCUGUUUUAACUAAUUCAUGCUUCAUCUACCUAUAUUUCUAUCUAUUACAAAGAUAAUAACAGUGCUAAUGCCUAAUAUUGUUACAGGGGAGGUGGAAGACUGGUCCGAAGAACAACCAGCCUCGUCACCGAAGGAAUCAAAAAGCCCCGAAGCAGUAGAAGACGAACCUAAAACCCCACCGAAGAGCGAACCCGAAGAAACGGCGCCCAAAAUCCGCUUGAAGGCCAAUUUGGCCACCGACCCCGCUCUGUUGUCCCAGUUUGGAGGACUGAAGACAGAGUUAGAGUCCAACCAAUCGCCUACUGAGUAUCUGGCGUCUUUGCCACCUGCCAUCCAAUCAGCGUUAGCCUCUCGAGCGUUUUUCCUGCCCUCAUUGAUACCUCCAACUGUUGAGGCUGCACCGCCUGCUAGACAGACGGAAUCUGUAGAACCAAGACCACAACCGGCUGUGCCACUGUUUCAAUGUCAACCUUGUGGAAUCAGAUUCUCAUCACUGAGCACGUUAGAAGCCCAUCAGACAUACUACUGCUCGCACAGAGCUAACAAGCCUACCAACGACGAAGAUUCCAAGUCCACAGGAGCUGAGCCUAGCGGUAGUCAAUCGGACGCGGAUCUUCCAGAGCCUUCUUCGAAAAAUAUCCGAACAGGGAAACAGUAUACGUGUUCACAGUGCUCUUAUAGUGCAGACAAGAAAGUCAGUUUGAACAGGCAUAUGCGAAUGCACGCAGUCUCGCCAAGUCCUAGUCCUUUGAACAUUUCGGUUGGAGGGGUGAUUCCGAACGGAGAAUCUACAGCGGACAACCAAGAUCGGUACUGUGCCGAGUGCGACAUUAGGUUUAGCUCGCAGAAGACAUAUAGGGCACACAAAAUGCACUACUGCAAUUCCAGGCAUAUGGUAAAGCCAGCCCAGGUGCCUCCAGCAAAGACGACAUCCAGCUGCACCUCAGGCUCCUCACCAAACUCUCCUGUGGACACCACCUGCCGGACACCUCCAUCACCUAGCGCUCAACUGCCUCCCACGCAGCAACCCUUUCUGGCCCUUCCCACCAACCCUAUCAUCAUAGUGCCAUACUCGUUGUUCAGGAGUGCCAGUGUACUGCCCACUCUCUCAACGGUGACAGGACUGCCUAAUCCUGACACGCCUUGCUUCCUUUUGCCUAAUGGUACCCUGCAGCCGAUGACAUCCGCUCUAAAUGUCAACGUACAACCUCAGCCACCGGAAGUGCUCAAGGCGGUCAACAAGCCUAAAGAGACGCCCGUUGUUCGGGAGUCGUCGUCGGCGCCACUGGAUCUGAGCAUUAGGAAAUCUCCGGAACCCAAAGAUCUGGUGAUUGAUCUAGGCAAUGAACAUGAGAAAGAAAAUAUGAAGGGAACUCCAUCUCCCGAGAAAAUAGCAUGCACUCCUUCACUCCACAACUCACCGUCGACGACGCCGCAGUCUGGCAAAUCGCUCUCGCCCAAAAGAAAGCUCGAAGAAAUCUCGAGAAGUAUCAGUCCGAAAAGGUCCAGGUCUACGCCGAAAUCAACUCUCGAAAAGUCGCGAACAAGUCCCGAAUCUAAUAGCUUACCUCAAUUCGACAUCCCAGCGUCGCUUACACCUCUGUUGAUGAGGGGCUCUCUACCAUUAUUCACUCCUGAGGUGCAGAUGAGGUUAAGUGAGGUCCCUGUGAUACCACCAGCCCCGGUUAUACCUCAGGUCCUGGUCAAACAAGGCGUCUCGAAAUGCAAGGACUGCAACAUAGUCUUUUGCAAACACGAAAACUACGUGAUCCACAAGAAGCACUACUGUUCAGCGCGAACCCAGAAUGAGGAGGGGAGUGCAAAGACCUCGGGGAGUCCUCCCAUGAGCCCAACGAGUACCGGUACCACUAGCCCUGCCGCUCAGUACCAACAGCUCAUCUGCUUGGCCUGCGGGAUCAAAUUCACAUCCUUGGACAAUCUGAACGCCCACCAAGCAUACUAUUGCCUGAAAAGGGGCGAGUUAGAGGUUAGGAAGUGUGGAAAAUGCCGCGCCCCCAUAGAACCUGGGCAUCAGUGUGCACCACUUAUGGCACUUGCAGGGUGGAAGUGCCCAUGCUGUGACGUCAUUAGCCCGACAGCUAGCGCUGCUCAAAGACAUCUGGACUCGCAUACUGGCGUCAAGGCGUAUAGGUGCACCAUCUGCAGAUACAAAGGCAACACGCUCAGAGGCAUGCGGACGCAUAUCAGGAUGCAUUUCGACAAACGGUCCCCUGAUCUCCAAGAGGAAAAGUACAUCGCGUACAUCAUAGAAGACAAUGGUGUAGAGGUGAGCAUAGUACGACCUCAACUACUUCCUGAUGACAGAGCAGUGUCACCCGCCUCGAUUGCCGAGCCAAAUCAAGAGGUGCACCAAUGCCCUCAUUGCUCGUACAGCUCAGUGCAUAGGACGAAUGUUGUCAGCCACGUGAAGCUUGUACACGAAGCCACAUGCUCUGAAGAAUCUCCAUUGAACGGUUCCGACGACAAGACCAAGUCCAUGCCAGCUCUCGACGAAGACGAAGAACUGUACAUCAAGAAAGAGGCAAUCGAGCCUGAGGUAAUCAUAGCGCAGGGUGACGAUCCUUUGGUGAAAGAAGAACCUGUAGAGCCAUCCAGUAGGCCCAAGAGCAAAACUCCCGAGGAGGAAGUGCUCCAGGAGGCUGCUAAACCCGGCAUCAAGUACUGCAAGUCCUGCGAUAUCUCUUUCAACUAUUACAAAACGUUCCUGGCGCACAAAAAGUUUUAUUGUUCAAGUCACGCGGGUGAAAUCACGGCCUCAACUGCGAACAAUAAUAAUAACCCUACUUCUAGAACUGCUGAGGCUUCGGUGCUAUAGUUGUUCGGAGCCAUAGCACGUAUAUUUAAAAGUGGCAUGAAGUGAGCUUAAGGGUUUUUAGUAUGGUCGUUCCAAAGCGCUAUAAUAUCAGCUUCAUCGCAAAAUAUCUUGAAUCAUUGUGUAGGACCUUUUUGAAGAACUCAAGAUUUCGAAAAAUUUCCAUUGCGUUUUUUUACCUUAUGACGCAACCAAAACACCAAAUUUUUACACCCUGGCUCAAAAAUGAUAUUUUUUUGUCAAAAUUUAUCAUUGUUUGAUUUCGAUAAGAUGAAUCGUUCCUGAUAAAAAAGUGUUGUUUCAAUAACUCGUACAAGUGUAAAGCUUGGAUAGUGAUCUACAUCCUAGGGGUUUCACUGAAUGAAAAUCUGUUAUCAAAAUUCAAUAUUUCCAAAAUGAUGGUGCCCCUAUAUCGAUAUCAGAGCCAUAAAAGCUAAAACAGCUCAGAUGAAGGAUUGGGUUUUCCAAGAAUAUAAUUUUUGACCUACUAUUAUACAGGGUGUAACAAAAUAUCAAUAUGGCAUUAGGACUAGUCCAUUCCUGGCGAUCUAAAUGAGCCAAUUCGUUUCCAAGAACACCAUUGUGCAAGACACCUACUGAUUACUUACUUCGCUGAAAAAAUUUCGUUGAAUUGUACAGUGUUGGUCAAAUGUUAUUUAAGAAAGCGUGAUUUCCAGUGUCCCAUUUAGAGGUCUAAAGAAGCUGUAUUCCAAAAAUCGUCAAAGAAAAAGUUCAAAAAAUCACGCAGUAUAUGGCGCUAAGUUUGGAACAAAAUACAUGAUCCUACAUAUUAUAGUGACAUACAUCGUUCAGCGCAUAAGCGUUAUGAUUAAAACCAUGACACAAAUAUGGCACUAUAAUACAUAUACAACACUGUGGUAAAACGGGCCAGUUUAUCGUAUACGAAAAGUAGAGAUGAUGCCUUAACACGAAUCUUUCCAAGUUUUGAAAGAGCGAAAGUGUUAAGGCAAGCCACGACAAUGUUAGAAUCUUCAUUAUUGAGCAUGAUAAGGUACUAUUAAGUGGAUACUCUACCUCCAUUUUGUCACAAGCUGGAUAGCAAUUUAAAUUAUUUGUUUCUUAUUGAUUAAACGAUUAAAUAAAAUUUUCAAUGUUGUUGGCCAAGGGUACAUUCAGGUAAUUAAGGGUUGUGUCGUCAGUAGUUCCUAAGACGCAUUUUUGGCAUUCCUUGAUUUAUUGUCAUAGUCUUUUCUCUCAAAGCAUGAACAAUUUGAUGCAAAUAGAUAUUUCUGACAUAAUCUCAACAUAGAGCGCUGACACGGAACAGUAGACAACUAUGAUCAAGGAGGUCAUAAAGGCGUCCUACAAUUGUAGGUACGACUGACGAUACGGACCUAAAGCAUUGUUGUGCUUAAUCUCAUUAUCGAUCUGAUAUCUAAGCAAAUUUGUCGAAUAAGCACUAACAAAUAUUUGAAGCGUAUAAAUGCAAACCCAGACAUUAGACGUAUAAGUCGUUUUGAGUAAAAUGCAAAUAACCUCUCAAAAUCUUAGGUUUAGUCCAAUCAAGUUCAUGUUUUGACUAAAAUAUCCAAUAUUUUGAUAGUGAUGAGUACUGCUUCAUAACAAUAAGAUAUUUUGGUUAAAAAAUUAUACAUGUCUUGUUGUGUACCUGAGACUUGCAAAUAUCUGGUUAUGUAUCUUAAUAAACACUAGAUUGUGUAUAUACCUAUAUGAAGUUAAUAGCAGUAACUAUGAUAACGAAGGAAGGUAAUAGAAUCAAGAAAUCUUCAAAGAAAAUGAUUUUAAUGUGCAAAUGAACACAACUAAAUUCUCAAGUCUGUAUCUUCAGUGUCUGUUAAAAUCACCAUCUCUUCUUCAGGAUCUCUAGCUUCCGCCUGACUAACAUUUUCCAAUUCAAAAGCGUUUUUGAAGAAAUGAAGCCUUCCAUCAGUUACCCAAUCCACUUCAUAAUGUUGUGCUAGCAGAGCUGAUAUGCUUUUUAUUUUAUCUGGUUUCAGACUUCUACCUACACACACUGUUAGCAACUUGAUUUGUGUAAUUUUCUUCCCUUUUUUGCAAAUGCUCUUAGGCUCACAAAUGUCGCUUUUAUAAAAUGGUUCACCUCUAACAAGAAUGUAACCAUUUUUGUUUUUUGAAAGUAUCAGUCUUUUGGACGGUUGGAAUCUGAAAUGCCAGUACCCAGGAGUUUUUAGUACUUUGUGCACCUGACUUUUCCAGUCAAAUACUGAGUAAUCUUCCCCCAUCUUUAGCACUUUAGCAUAAUCUUUCAUGAUAUCAAUGUAUGCUUCUGGAUCAAUGAUGGUAGUACAUUUCCUUACUUUUUUUUUAUUUGGGCAAAUACACGGUCAGGGGGGAGAAAAGUAUGCCCAACAACAGGAUAUACAAGUUCUACAGAUUUUAUGUGUGGCGGUGAACAACUCUGUAACCAGUAUUGGACCAUUCCAAUCAUUGUACUAUUCUUAUUCUGCCCCCCACAACCAUCGCCGACUAAGCGUACUCUCUCUACCUCUUCAUCAAAGGAACAAUUUUUCAAUGUGUGAAAAACUGCGGAAACUAUCUCAUUUGAGCUCCUCUGACGAUCACAUUCCGUCCAUAUAAAUGAUUUUACUGAUUCAGGAUUAAGACUGGACUUUGAAUGUCCAGUCACCACAGUAAAAUUCUAAAGAUUUACCUGCAUGCUGAAGUAACAACUCUGGUCAGGAAUCUUUGGCAAUGGAAGAUUCUUUUGGCAGUCAAAGGAAAAUGUGGCAAUUUUGGGAUUAUCUUCUCUCAAUAAGUCGUAAAACGCCUUACUACGGAACUUAUGUAUACGCUGGUGCAUCAUUUCCCUAAUUCUUUCUUGUGGAUCGGUGAUUUUUUUCAUUUUUUCUGUAAAUUGUAGACAUGUUGAACAUACAUCAACUUUUGGUGAUCCACAGCCAAUGUUGUAUUCUCGUCUAAAAAUAUUUCGGAAAAAGCACUGCUUAACCUUUAGAUUCAUGCCCAUUCUAGAGUUGUAUAAUUUCCACAGUUUGACAAUGUUCAGGUCACAGGGUAAGUAUCGCCUAAUAACUGUUUUAUUUCUGGCAUAAUGAGUCUCGCAGCAGUUUAUGGAUUCGAUAAAAUUUCUUAUGACCAGUUUUUUAUGAAUAGAUUCUUGUGAAACUCUGUUUCCUCCUCUUCUUUCUGCUGGUUUAUUUAUAACGUUUUCUUUAAUUUUGGUACCACCUCUUUUUGGAUUUUUGGUAACGCAAUGCUUCAGUACAAACAUGUCUUGAUAGUACUUGGAAGCCUUACAAUAAAAGCUUUCAGUCAUAGUUAACGAGGAGCAUUGAUGAACUCUUGUUUUAUGCCGACAUGUCGGAAAUUCAGGAAGGCGUUGCCGAGAAUACCUAAAAAAAUUGAGUGAUAUAUUCUAGCUAGUUAUCAAAGAAACUUACAAAGUGAACAUACUUUUUUAUCUUGUCCUUCUCUCGUUUCCAUUCUUGCUUAUUUACUAACCUUUUUCGACCUUUACCAGCUGGACUUGGUUCAAUAGUAAUAUUGCUAUUCAUGAUUUAUUCUCAAGUACUUCAAUUUAUUUAUGAACACAAUAAUUCAGUUAGUAUAUCACUUUAACAACGUAGAACGUACGUACGAUCUCGAAUUUGAGGUUAAAAAGAAAAAUACAGCGUAGCAGCACGGUACGGCAGCUGCCGCCAGAUCACAUGACUAAACAGUCACGCUCGGAUUGGCUUAAAGGCAAAUGUCUGCUUUUGCACGUAACCUGCGUACACAAAUAUCUGCUUUUGCAUGUAAAACCAAAUUUCAAGUGCGAAUAACGGCUUAAGAUGUCUGCCUAUGCACUUGAGGGUCGGAAAAUCGUAAUCCCGGACAUUUUUGCAUGUGGAGUCCAUAUAUAACAGAUUUUUUUCAAAAAUGUCAAAUGUCUGGGUUUGCAUUUAUACGCUUCAUUUGAGACCCAGUUGACGCUGGAGCCCUUUAGUUACCCGAAUACAGCCAUUGACAUCGAUUGUGAUAACUAUGAUCGUCCUUUCAUUUCUUUUAGUCGCUGUCCUAAUAAAAGUGAAUGGUUAUUUAGCGGAAAUUGUCUGAACCUUGUAGUAUCAGAAUCGAGGUAGGGUAGAAGUACCUAUUUAGUGCUCGAAACAUCCACUUUCUGCAUUAGUCUAGUACUGUUACUUGUGAUUCCGAAUGAAUUGUAAUCAAAUAUUUAUUUCGAAUUUUCUUCGAGACUGUAAUCUCACAAUAUCUAGCUCCAUAAGUGUUAAGGCAUUAUACCUUGUUAAUUGUUGAUAAUUUAGAUCGAUAAAUCAUUGCGAUCUAUAAGAUGCAAUACAUGUUAUACAUACAAUUCCAUUUGUGUACAUUGUCUAGGUUUUGUUUUGUAUAAAGUUAAAAUUUUAUGAGUUGUUCGAGUUUAAGUUCUGUGUAGAAAUACGAUUAAUAUAAUAUGCCAAAGUGUUUUUAUUGUAUUUAGUUUUAUUUUUAAUGUAUGAAUAUAGGCUUUUUCAUUACUUCUUCCUGUUUAAGAUAAGAAUACUGCAAUUUCGACAUAAGUUUAUGUUAUCACUAAACAUAGCUGUGAGGUGUUGAAAACACCUACUCAAGGUUAUUUAAAGUGAUUGCCCUUCUUGGUGACAAUAAAUUAUUUAUUUCUAAUA